AUGACGACGUCGGCGAGCGGGCGAAAGCUGGUGGGGCACGCGAACUUUGUGCGGUGUAAUCCUUUGAGCGACGCGUUCGAGUGCGUGGGGUUCGAUCACGUGGAGUUUUGGUGCGGGGACGCGACGAAUGCGGCGUCGAGAUUUGGUGUGGGGCUCGGGAUGAGCUUGCGGGCGAAGAGCGACGCGAGCACGGGGAACGGGAUCUACGCGUCGUACGCGAUGAAGUCGCACGAUUUGACCUUCGUCUUCACGGCGCCGUACGGGGACGACGAGAGAGCGGUAGGGUGUGGAGGAUCAAGCGUGAACGUACCGCACCCUGGGAACGAGCGAGGGGCGAUGAUGCGAUUUUUUGAGCGACACGGGUUGGCGGCGCGCGCGGUGGGUCUGCGCGUGGGAGACGCGCGCGCGGCAUACGAGGAGGCGAUGAAACGGGGCGCGAGAGGCGUACUCGAGCCGACGGAGAUGCGGCACGAGAAACAUGAUGGGUGCGUCAUGGGCACGCAGAUCAUCUCAGAAGUCGAGCUCUACGGUGACGUCGUUUUACGAUUCGUCAGUCGCGCGGAUGGUUUCGACGGCGAUUUCUUGUGCAACUACGAGGCGACCAGGGAUGUACCCAGCGUUUCGUACGGCCUUAGGAGACUCGAUCACGCGGUUGGGAAUGUGCACAACUUGCUCGAAACGGUGGAUUACAUCAUGAAGAUCACCGGUUUCCACGAGUUUGCCGAGUUCACGGCGGAGGACAUCGGCACCAUCGACAGCGGGCUGAACAGCAUGGUGCUCGCAAAUAAUAACGAAUACGUCCUGUUGCCGGUGAACGAACCCACUUUUGGCACGAAACGAAAGAGCCAAAUUCAAACAUAUCUGGAGCAAAACAACGGUCCGGGACUGCAACAUUUGGCGUUGAAGACGGACGACAUCUUCACCACAGUGCGGGAAAUGCGCAAGUACUCACACAUGCACGGCGGUUUUGAUUUCCAAGCGCCCGCUAGUGAUGAUUACUACAAGCAUUUGAAGGAGAAAAUCGGCGACGCUUUAACUGAUGAACAAUACGCGCUCGUAGAAGAGCUUGGAUUGCUCGUCGAUAAGGACGAUCAAGGCGUGUUGAUUCAAGUCUUCACCAAACCGGUGGGCGACCGUCCAACAUUAUUUUUAGAAAUUAUUCAGCGCGUGGGGUGCAUGCGCAAGAAAGCUGAUACCGACGAGUUGGAACAAGUGGCAGGUUGCGGUGGUUUCGGCAAAGGUAACUUCUCCGAGUUGUUUAAAUCCAUAGAAGCGUAUGAAAAGACGCUGAACAUUUAA